AUGUCGGAAUCAAAUAAUAAUAAUAAUCAUAAAAGAAAGAAAGAUAAAAAAGAUAGUAAGAAUAAAUCACAAUAUUGGUCAAAGAAACCUAAACAUGAACUUUCACUCAAGUUAAAUCAACAAGGUUGUUUAUAUACAUUCGGACAAGGUCGUGAGAAUCAAGCAACAAAAGAUUUAUUUAAUUUAUUAAAUCAAUACACUGUUGAGUUAGAAGAGAAAUCAACAAAUGAUAAUAAUAAUAAUAAAUCAACAGAGAAUGAAAAUAAGACAAACAACUUUAUGAAUGACUUUGAGAAGGAAUUGGCGAUGGCAAGAGAAGAAGGAAAGAACAACAAGAAAGGCAAAUCUAAACUUUUUGAAAAGCUAGAGUUAUGCUGUGAAGGUAUUGCAUUCGUUGGAUUCAAUGAAGAAGCAACCUCUAAAUAUAAUGUCAAGGAUAUAUUAGUAAAGUUAUUCAAUGAUAUGGAAACAGAGAAAUCAACUAAAUCCAAAUUUAUAACAAGAAUUAUUCCUAUUCAAAAGACAUGUAUCUUUACAAACUUACAAGAGCAUAUCAAGACAUUAAUCGACAAGGAGUUAAAUUCAUUAAAAGAAUCUAAAAAGUAUAAGAUUGAAUUUAGAUCUAGAUACAAUACAGUUGUAGAAAAAGAUAAAGAGAUUAUGGCUAUUGCGGAAAUGGUUAAUGAUAUUCACAAGGUGGAUCUAGAGAACCCAGAGUACACUAUCAUCGUUGAGAUUAUCAAACAAUUCUGUGCGAUUUCAAUUGUCUCUGAUUUUAUGAGAUACAAAAAAUAUAAUCUAGCAAACAUUGCAGGCUUACCAGUAUCAAACCAACCAAAGAAAAAGAAACUUACGAUCGCAUCAAAUUUGAAAGAUGAUAAACAAGACGAAAAGACAGCUGUUAAGGAAACAGCUGACAAUACAGAAACCAAAGAAAAUGAAGUACAAGAGGAAGAAGAAAAAGAAGAUCAAUCAAAAAUGUUUAUUGUAAAUAUAUCACAUUAUUUAUUGUCAAAUAUAUUAAAGUAUCUAGAUGAUAUAGAUAGGAUCUGUGUGUCUUUGACUUGCAAGAGAUUGUUUGAUGAUCGUGGAAAGUAUCUUGUGUUUAAAGAGAUAGAUAAUGACACUUUGAAAUACUUUAGUUUAAAUUCAUAUGAAUAUCAAUUCAAACAAGCAAUCAAACAGUACCGAGAAGAAUCAUAUUAUACAUUAUACUUGUCAAUUAAAUCAAUUUUUAAACCUCAAAAAAAUGAUAUUAUUAUUGAUGAUAACUAUGUUAUUCCAAGAUUAGUUGAUAAGGUCAUUUCAUGGUCCUUUAAUAUGAAAGUGAUGGGCCAGUUAAAUGAGAGCAAUGUAACAAAGCUACACUUAAACAAUGCAUUAAACGAUCCUAUUUUCAAUACAUUUGUAAACAUUCGAGAGCUUACCAUUUCCUAUCCACUCAAGUAUUUCCCACCGAAUCUCGAUAGCCUAACUCUUGGUUGCGCAGUAAUAUUGUGCUUAGAGGAUCUAGAAUUCCAAUUCCCAACGACACUUACUGUCUUGAAAAUCUCUCAUUUAAUCUAUCCUUUACAACUUCUUCCCCGACUACCACCAAAUCUCAGGGAGUUUACAUGUUACGACCUAAUGAGUUAUCAACAACUUGCUACUGACGCAUCAUCAACACGGCCAAUGCCAAUCGAUUUUUUACCACCAACUCUCACCUAUCUUUGUUGCAAUAUUGUUUACGUGGAGCAUAUGCUUAAAUACCAAUUGAACACCACCAUGCUUAGAAUAUUGGUAUUGUUUGGGAACAUUGGCAAUACUCCAACACUGGUUGCUGGAUCCAUUCCAGAGGGGGUCGAAUCCAUUGAAUUGUGUAAUGUAGAGAAGAUAAUGACUGGUUCUAUUCCUUGGUCAUGCAAAUCACUAAAAAUUGGAGCGCUAAAUGUAGAGCCAGACACAUUUGCCAAUCUUGACAACCUGGAGACAUUGUACAUUGGAAGUUAUCCAACAACAACUAAAGUAAUCCCCAUUAAACUACCAAAGAAUCUAAAAAAUUUGACAUUACCUAAUUGUAAGACAGUCAAUGAUUUGAUUGUUGCGCUUCCAAGCCAAAUCGAAACGCUAUCGUUGAGCAGUGAGUCAUUCAGUUCGUUAAGAUGUCCGAUUCCCAAAUCUCUGAAGCAUUUGAAAUUCAAAUAUGCAGCGAAAACAUCGACAAUCUCACAGAUAUCGUAUCAGGGUGACUCAACAUUGGAAUCUAUUGAUUUUGGUUAUUGCGAACUUGUUCCAAAGUGGUCUAUUCUCUCAUAUUUCAAUUUAGCCAGCAGUACACCAAUUGAACUUUUGCCAAAGUGGAUUUUAGACUUUUAUUAA